AUGGAGGCUAUUCUAUUCUACGGUGACCAGGACGAGGCAACCAGGCGGCAAGUUCGCUCUGUCGCUGCCCAAUACUCCCAUCGGAUUGGACCCAGGAAGCGCAAAAAGUCCAAGUUGCCAAAGCAGACGGGACAGGAAAGCAAACGAGGCCACUACAAGAAGUUGGCAACGACUACAUCUGAUACUGGUGCAUCUUCCUCGAAAUCGCAUCAAGAUCAUCCCUUCCAAACAGUGGUCUCUAGUCAGCAGUACGCCUCGCAUGGUCAGGCGCAGGCGCAGGCAGAGUCAGAUGUUGGCGGCUCGCUGGAUGCCCAGCRGCGGAUGCAGAGAGACCUCCAAAUACGCAGAGAGUUGAGCGGGUCUGAGACAUGCGCUUCGUCCAGCGAGGUCGGAUCGGAUCCAACUCUGUCCCCGCAUACUCCACAGUUCGAUCUGGUCCGAAGCACAGGUGCAUCGCAAUCACCGGACAAACCGCCGUCGGCUUACAGAAGAUUACCUGCGUAUACCUGGACAGAAUAUCCUCGCUAUGUCGGCAAUCAGAGUCCUGCGUCUCCCCCGAAGUUUACACCAACCAGCGCGAUUGCUGCAAAACGGCGAACGUUGGAACUUCCCGAUCCUGCAGGACUUAGCUUGCAACAAAACGCUCCGCGAUCACACCCCAUGGACACACCUCCAAGACUUGCUCAUUCGCACUCAGAAGGCGCCUCCUCCGGUCACAUGUCAUCCCGAAACUCCCAGCGGAUCAGCGACGGACAUGCUAUGUCGAAAGAGGAAACUGCAUGGGGUCAAAUUUCUUCUCCACCGCGAUUGCAGGUCUUGAGAUGCGCAACAGAAGCAAACGAUGAACCGGGCGCCGGUGCAGCGCGAUGGCGAAGUGGCACAGUCGGUGGUUUCAGUCAAUCAUGUCCUCCAGGUUGA